CAAAUCAAACCAAAACAGAAAACGAAGCAAAGAGAAGACAAAGGGCAGAAGGGUUUCUUCCCUUUACAUCUCUCUGUCUCUUCUUCAUUCUUCACCACCAUUUCAUCUCUCCUCUCUCUCUCUCUCUCUCUUUCUCUCUCUUUCAUUUAUUCUGCUGAGAGGAGAGAGACAACAACUACAACUACAGCAACAUCACCAUCACCAUCACCAUCACCAUCACCAGAAACAACCAACAACCGUGUCUCAUUCCCAUAUAUCUCUCUCUCUAUAAUCAAACAUUCUCGUAUACACCACCUUCUCCUGUAACGCACGACCUCGCAUUCUGUGAAUUGUAGCUGUUAUGGCGCGAACGGUCUCCAACAACGACAGCACCAACGAUGAAACAGGCGACGACAGCAAUGCGACAACGAAGGAGGACGGCGAGGUCAAAGGUCGCGUGAGGAAGGGGCCCUGGACCCCAGCAGAAGACGCCAUUCUCGUAGAGUACGUGAAGAAGCACGGUGAAGGGAACUGGAACUCCGUGCACAAGAAUUCUGGGUUGUUCAGGUGCGGCAAAAGUUGCAGACUUCGCUGGGCAAACCAUCUCAGGCCUAAUCUCAAGAAAGGUGCAUUCUCUCCCGAGGAAGAACAGAUCAUCAUCGACCUUCAUUCCAAGCUUGGAAACAAAUGGGCCCGAAUGGCCGCACAGUUACCUGGCAGAACAGACAAUGAAAUAAAAAACUUUUGGAACACCAGAAUGAAAAGGCGUCAGAGAGCAGGGUUACCUAUUUAUCCUCCCGAGGUGCAUGCAGAAGCCACUGCAUACCAUCUACAACACCGCUACAUGGAACACCACCAACCUCAUUCAUCUGCAUCAUUCGCUUUACUUCUAUCUUCUUGUUACCCCAAGAAGCUCAAUGACCCUAGCCAAAGUUCCAAUGCGAAUCCGCUGCAAAACCAACCUGAUUCUGCCAACUGUUACAUCAAUCAAAGCCAGAAGCACUUCAAGUUUUCCAAUGAAAAUGCUUUGCCACUGUCUCCUCUUUCUCCAUAUGGAUCAUCAUCAUCCACCCUUCUUAACCACAGUUUCGGUGAUCAUGGCUUUAUAGCAGGAUCCCCAUAUGAAUCCUUUCCUUUGGUGUCAGUCUCCACCCCUGACAUCUCUUCCAACCAAACACCAACCCCUGCUUCAUCCUAUGCCAGUGGUGUUGAUGGCUUGAUGGGAUCUUCAACCAUGGCUAAUAAUAACAACAAUGACUACUAUGAAGUUGCACCAUUGUCUCCUCCAGGAAACAGUGGACUGCUGGAUGCUCUAGUGAUGGAGGCUCAAGGACUUUCUCACAAUGACAAGUCCAAGAAUGAGGAGGAUCCAACCCUUGCUGGAAAACUAUCUUGUAAGAGAAAGAACAUGGAAUAUGAAGAGGAGGCCAUGAUGUCAGCGAUGAAGAAGAACAGUGGCAACAGUACUACUACUGAAAACCAGAGGGAUGAUGAUAAUAGCUCCUCUCAAUUUUCAAAAGGGAAGAAAGUGAUGAGAGAGGAUCCGAUGGAAGAGAUGAACUCGAUGGACGAUGACUUGUUUAGUCUGCUGAAUCAGUUUCCCUUAGAAAUGCCAAUGCCUGAGUGGUACCGUAGAGGGGAGAAUCAGUCAUUGGGACUUGAAAAUCAGCCGAAUGCUUCAGCACCUGACCCCGCUGAUCAAGAGUAUGCUUGGACUCUAGGAACUUGCUGGAACAACAUGCCCAGCAUAUGCUAAAUGUAUCUUCUCGACAAAAACCUAUGUCUUCUGUAAUCAUUACAGAACCAAUUUAAAACCUCAUUGUGAAGUAUGUGUUAGAAUUUAGAGAUAUUGAGUUAGCUAGCUAGGCUCAUUAACUAUUUCAAACUGCACAUGCACCAUGCCACCACCCAUAUUUCCAUCUUCCUUAUUUUCAUAUUCCAUAUCUUUCCCAAAUGGCUUGGUGUGAGAGUUAGAAUUCAACUGUUUGUUUGUUUUGUUUCCAUUUGUAGUUAAUUUUAGUGGUUCCUUGUGCAAUUAGAAAAACA